AUGAGAGUAGAAGCUUUACAAAAUCUUAUCAUUGAACAGGAAACUGCAGACUUUUCACCAGAAAUUGCCCAAGCGAUGGAAAUUUCCAUUAAGAGACAGGUAAUUCAAGUCUUUAUGGAAGGCUUGGGGAACCUAAAGGACUACAUUAAGGCCAGAAACCCACUAACCUUAGAUAAGGCCAUACAAGCCGCCCGAGAGGAAGAACGGAUUAGGAUGUCAUCCGAAGAAUCCAAGAAACUUUACAAAGGAAACGCGGUGGCAACGAAAAAGCCAAAUGGUUCUUGCAACAUUUGCAAUAAACCAGGACAUUGGGCCCGCGAUUGUAGAUCCAACCGAGGUAACAACACAAAUCAAUCAAAAAAUUCCAGCACGCCACACGGAACCUCCAAAGCCGCAGUGAACACCAUCACGUGUCAGUACUGUAAAAAACCGGGGCACACAAAAGAUGUAUGCCGGAAAUUAAAAUAUGUUACCGGAAAAAGGAAUGAAGCAGCUCAAGCAGAGACUUCGGAAAACCAAAAUCAACCGGGCGCUUCCGGCGGACGUCCGGUAGGGAGCAUAAAAAGCGCCGCCAUAUCAUUUCCAGAAUCUUCACAUUAA